AUUGCUCCUGUCCCCGCGAAUCGCUCUCUCACCGCGACGUUUCGCGGCGAACAUUCCGCACGGACUCUGUUGCAUGCGGUCUCUGAGAAGAGUCAUUUUCACCCGCUGCCACCAUCGCCGCAGUCGCGCUCCCGCAAUCGCAAAACGUUUUUUUCUUUUUUAGUACUUUUGGUUUUUGAUUUUUUUUAGUUUUUGGUUUUUUUUAAUAAUUUUAAUUUUUACACAUUUUGUCGUUAUCCGACACGACCCCCUCCCCCCCAAAUCUCCUUGCCACGGCGGCUUUAAAAUGUUUCGUUUUUUUUAUACGCGUAUCACAUAAACACGCCACCCGUCGUCUCGUCUCCGGAGAUCGGUUCUGCAGAUUCGCACGACAGUUUCGGACAAGAACAAUGUAAUUUCCAAAAUCAAUUUUGGGCAGUGGUUUGUGCGACACGAGUAUAAAUGGAAGAAUUUUCACGUUAUGGAUAACAAUGAUCAGCGAUUCAAUCGGUCAGUAUCGACCGAGUCACCGCGGGCAACUGACAAUGAAUUCUUUGUAGGUGUCAAAUCAAACCGAUAAGGAGCAGUGGUCGUCACGUCGGUACGGGAACCGGCGACAUUCGUUUUCGGAGAAAUGCUACAUCCAACCCUGCUACAACAGCUGUAUAACUGCCUGACCAGGCCUGAACCGUGUCCGUCGUGGAAAACCGACGCUAAUAAGUAUGAACAUAAUAUCCGGCGACGAAAGACCGUCGGGACCAGAAUAGAUAUCUUACACGUGGCCGUUAAGGAUGUGAAAUUCAGACGUCAACAAUUUUCACUUUUUAAAUAUAAAUUGUCAUAUGAUCAAGUGUACAAGGAAAAAAUAAUAACAUAUAAAAACCAGUGAAAUUUUCUAAUGUCUAUAAUUUUAAUGUAAUACUGAAGCUGAAUGCGAUUGAAUACGAUUUCAGUUCGCAGAUGGAUCAAACUGUCGUCAACGGUUCGGUCGCAGCGGCCGUCGACAACGGCACGACCGGCGGCCCUUCGGGAUCGGGCACCAACUGGACCACAGCGGUGGUGGCGCACGCGGACCUGACGCCGGUUCUGUCGCCGUUCGAGUCCUGGCAAAAGGUCAUCAUCGUGCUGGUCAUCGGCGUGUGCAUGGUGCUGACCAUCACCGGCAACAUACUGGUCCUGGUGUCGUUUAUCGUGGACCGGACCAUCCGGCAGCCGAGCAACUACUUCAUCGCAUCGCUGGCCGCCACGGACAUGUUGAUCGGUACGGUGUCGAUGCCGUUCUACUGCGUGUACAUACUACAGGGAUACUGGGACCUGGGACCGUUGCUGUGUGACCUGUGGCUGUCCGUCGAUUACACGGUGUGCCUGGUGUCGCAGUACACAGUGCUGCUGAUCACGGUCGACCGGUUCUGUUCUGUGAAGAUUGCGGCUCGGUACCGGGGCUGGCGGACUAAGGACAAGGUCAUGUGGAUGGUCGUGCUCACGUGGAUCAUCCCGGCGCUGCUGUUCUUCACCAGCAUAUUUGGCUGGGAACACUUUGUCGGCUACCGGGACCUGUUGCCGGGCCAGUGCGCCGUACAGUUUCUCAAGGAUCCCGUGUUCAACACGGCGCUCAUCAUCGGCUACUUCUGGACCACGCUCAUCGUGCUGUUCGUGCUGUACGGCGGCAUCUACAAGGUGGCGUAUGAGAUGCAAAAGAAGAGUGAGGCGAAACAGCGCAAGAUGCAGUCGAUGGUGGCGCUGAGCGCGGGCACCGUAUCCGGUAUGGCCGGUCACGCGGCCGGCAUCGGCAUGUCCAAGACUCAGAGCACUCUUCUCGUGCACGACAAGCCGCAGCAACAGCAGCAACAGCAGCAACAGCAACAGCAUCAGCAUCAGCAACAGCAGCAACAGCUACAGCAACAGUAUCAAAACCAACAACAGCAGCAGCUACAACGACAGCUGGCGGCCGGCGGCAACAGGUCGUCCGGUUUCGACGAGAAUGCAGCGGAGGCGGCGGCCUGCCGGAACACGGGCCCGGACGACCAAAAUUCUACGACCGUGGUGGUGGUGGACAAGGAGCGAUCGAGCAGCCCGGCAUUCGAGUCGGACGAGGAGAGCACGACGGGCGAGAAGCAGCAGCAGAUCAACUGGCCGCGCAAAAAGUCGGUGGCCGAACUGAUCGUCCAAUCGGCGCUCGUGCAGCGGUCCAACAGCGGCAUACACCUGUCGCCAUCCGACAAUCUCAUACCGUACUCCAGCACGUCCGGUAACAACAACAACAACAGUAGUCCGAUCGUCCGGUCGUUUUCCAACGUGGCCGUCGUCAAUUGCAGCGCACCGAUGGUACCGCGACGCCGGACGCCGCCCGACACGCCUUCGCCGCCCGACAGCCGGGUGGACGCGCUCGUCGGCAUGGACACGGGCGAGCUACACUUCAUGGACGACAGUUCUAUCGUAAUCGGGUCGCCGACGUUCGAGAGCCCGACCAACAGCACCAGUUCAAUGAACGAAACAAUGUCUUCGGCCCAGUGUUCUCCGGCCCACGGUGCCGCGGCUUCGUCCUCGCUUCUGCAGGCCGCGCUCAUCCGGGCGGCAGCGGCCCAGCAGAUGAGCCAGUCGCACGGCCCCAGCAUCGCCAAGGUCAACACGGCCGUCGUGGUGGACGGCCGCAAUCGCAGUUCCGCGUCUGUCACAUGCACCACGACCGUAGUGGUGGCGAGGCGCGGCCGCGGUGCUGCAGGUAACGACGACGACGACGACGACGGUGACGAUGACGGCGACGACGGUGACGCGGCCGCCACAGGUACCGGCGAAAAGUCCUCGUCCGAGACGACCAAGAGCGGUGGCGGUGGUGGCGGGGCCGGAGGCGGAGGCAGUCGGGAUAAGCGCGAGGGCAGUUCUCGCGGUGACUUCGUCCGGACCAUCGGCAAGCGUCUGAAGGUGAAACGGCCCAAAGUGUCCGGCCGCCAAAAAUCCAAGUCGGAGAACAGGGCCCGGAAGGCGUUCCGCACCAUAUCGUUCAUACUGGGCGCGUUCGUGGCCUGCUGGACCCCGUACCAUAUACUGGCGCUCAUCGAGGGUUUCUGCUCCAACCCGCCGUGCACCAACGAGCGGCUGUUCCUGUUCGCGUACUUCUUGUGCUACGCCAACAGCCCGAUAAACCCGUUCUGCUACGCGCUGGCCAACCACCAGUUCAAGAAGACGCUCACCAGGCUGAUGAAGGGUGACUUUCAUAUAUCAUAGGCCGAGCAUCACACACCCGUGUGCGCGUGUUCCUCCCGCGACGUUUCUGUUCCUAAAAACGAUUGUUUCCGGUUACUAUGUAUACGUCGUUCGCGGUUUUUCCAUUUUACACACCGUCACCAGCUCCAUCACCCUCUACGCCAAUAAUUAUAAUAUGUGUAACGGACAACGGUUCCUAUAUGCACGCGUGAUCAUCGGGAUGUUAGAUAAUAUUAUUAUUAUUAUCAUCUUUACACUGCAACGAUCGAAAUAUUCUAAACUUUAACCGCUUUAACCCAAACAGUUUUAGUACAUAUUAGUAGUAGGUAGGUAGGUACAUAAUAAUAAUAUCAUUAAACUUUCGUCAAUCGAUGAACACCUCAAACUUCGGAAACCCAAUAAACCUCGUGGAAGCAUAUUAUAUUCUUACAAAAAUGUAACUUUAUUUAUUAAUAUUGUAUUAUACUUAUGAUAUACUUACAUGAUUAUAGGAAUAUUGUAAAUAAUAAUGUCUUGAUAAAAACAAAAAAACUAAAAAAACCACCAUCAUUUAUUGGCUUAUUAUAAAUUAAUCAAUAAAUAACUAAAGAAUAUGUGUAGUACACAUUCAGUUUAGCAUAGAUUUUUAUAGACCUUUUUAAUACCCAACGACUUAAAUAUUUAUUUGUGUAAAUAAAUAUUAUUUAUAAUAAUAUUAUGUGUUUUUGAACAGGGUAACAUCAAAACUGUACUUUAAAAUGUUUAAUUAUUCUUAAAUCUAAUGUUUCGUGUAUAUUAUAAUAUAAGUUAUUACAUAUACAUAAGAUAUAAGGUAUAAUAAAACAAUGUGAUAUUUAUAAUUAUUAGAAUCAUUGCGACAAUAUUUACCAAUGUAGAAUAAUAUUUCAUUUGAUUAUUGUAAAGCUUAUUAAAAACGAAUCCGAUUCACGGAUUAAAUGAGCCCUAAUCUGUAAAUGGAAUUCGUUUUCACUAGAUUUUAGAGACAAACCAGCUGUUUUUUUUUUUACAUAACAUAAUUAUCGUGUAAUUAGUUUAAUAUAGCCAUUGUAUAGAUAAUAAUGUAUUAUAAUAUAUAGUUGUGU